AUGGCUGAACGAGACCAGAUGGUUGGGGAUUCUGUUGAUGCAGCAAUGUUCUCAGCAGAGGACAAGCAGAGCAGUAAACCCUCGUUCACCGUGAUAAUACAGAUCAAGGAGGACAGAGGGCAGAACAGUGGCUUUACCGUAGAUUCAGCAAAUAUCAUGGAAAAUAACAAUAAUAGAAAAAGGAACAUAGAAAAGAUUGAAAUUAAAGAACAGGACCAGCUGGAUGCCGCACCGUCCAAGCAAACCUCGUCCUCAGUGAGAGCAGAACCAACGGUCCAGAUCUCAGACGAUGAUUGGAAAUACGACCAGGACUUCCCGUCUAUAGGCGUCUGCAUGAUCAUCAACAACAAGAACUUUCACCCCUUGUCAGGUUAG